UCGGUAUUGACGGAAGGUUCAGUUGACCGCUCUGACUGAGAUAAAGAAGUUGUGAGAAAUAAAAAGAUUAUCCAGCUGUACUCGCGAAUGGAUCCGCAACAGACGCCAAGAGCAAUGGCCGAUCCGGUAGCCGUGAAAGGGGAUGCUAUGGUAAAACAGAGCCCGUCGCUUCCGCCAGCGUUUCAAGCCAGACCUCAGGGUCCAGCAUCGCCCAGAUAUCCUCCGAACAAUGGACCUACCGGUGGACCCCGUCCUCUAGCAGGACAACCGCCGCCUCUGCGUCGACUGGACAGUCGAUCCUCCAUCGGCUCGGUAGGGCCUCAGCAGUUCCAGACGAGGCCGAAUUUCGGUCCUCCGCGCCCUCCGUCACCGGGAAACUUCGCUCCGAGGCCGACGCAGCAGUUCGCACCAGGUCCUCGCUUUCCCCAAAAUCCUACGGGCGCCAUCCGACCUGGUUCACAGAGCCAACAGCAUCCGAGACCUCCUUUCGGACCUGCUGGUACUUCUCUUCAACGACCACAAAGAAUUUCGUCCUUGGAGUCUCAGCCUCUUCAGAAUCCUUCAGAAUUCUCUCAGCCUCUUCAAAAUCCGAACUUCUCCUCGAGUUUCGAGGGAAUCGCUUCUCCGCGUCCUGGGGCGGAAUCAAGGAAUGCCCCUAACCUGAACGACGACCGACGGAACAUCUCCGAGCUUUACGCUCCUAACGAUAGAAAGUUCAUUGGCUCGUCUCCCGUCCUUGGAAAAAUGACUGACCUGUCCCAGAAGAUUGGUCAGCAGGAGAUCAAAGCCGAGAGGGAGGCAGAUGAUGACAUCAUUAAAAGGAAGCCGGUAAAGAUACGUGGUAAAGAUCAAGACAAUGAAGAUGACGAUGACGACGUGGUCUUCGAUUCGGAUAAGAACCAGAGUAAGGAGUGGAUUGUAAAAAAGUCCCAAGAUGAAAUUGUGCGUCCUGGGACAACCGUGAUACAGGAUCUUAAGGACAGCAGCGAGACCAAUGGGAAGCCACAGACUCCUCGUCCACCGGAAGUAAUACACAGGGAAGUAGAGCGACCGGCUGCGACGGAAGUGCAGAAUGACAACUUGACGAAGGAAACUGUCGAGCUGGAUAAAUCGAAGAGUCCUUCCCAGAAUUCUUUGGACAAACAGGAAACUCCUCGAGCAGAAUCGAGACUCUCGACUGCCGAUGAUAUAAAUGUCAGUUUAAAUUCCUUCAGUCAGAAAACUACUCCUUCGUCUACCUCGCCCGCGAAAUCUGAAAAAAUGCCUGCUGAAGACAAGACUGUGACUGGUGGUGCUGGCGAUGAAAAGAGUCCUGAAAAAUCUGAAACGCCAGUGUCCGAGGAAAAGAAUCGUAGCAACGCGUCCACCCCGGCUCCCGAAGUAAACCAAUCAAAAUCCCCAACCCCGGCAUCACCCAAGUCACCCGGUAUGAUUUCGAGUCGAGCAGAAGAAUCCGUAAAACCACCAAAUUCACCAAAUUUAACAUCCAGUGUGACCAAUGAGUCGCCGAAGUUACCAAAACCCGUAGUGGCUGCAUCCAAUCCGCCAGCUGAACUACCAAGCUCACGAAAAUCACGAAUGCCCUCAUUCGAUUCUACGCCGGAACCACCAAAGUCAGCAACGUCCAAUUUCCCAAGUCAACGUCCACCAUCAGGCAAGUCCGGUACAUCUCCGAGUAGUCCUGGGACCCGAACUCCAUCGACCCCAGAACACAGAGAGAGCUUAUCUGUUCCUGGAUCCGCGUCGCCUUCAAGAUCAUCCCAAGGUAGCAUUAAGGGCUUUGAUAAUGGUCAAAGGAAAUCACUUUCACCAAACGCGACUCCGCCGAGCAGUCCACUUUCUCCACCCAAGUCACCAAAGACACCAAAAUCACCAGGAGGCGCAAGACUUUCGGAAGGUGAAAAGAAAAGGGCGACCUUCUCCGAGGAAUCCAUAACACGAAAAGAAAAACAGGAGAAGACUCCUACGAGCGGAUCAGUCACUCCGGAUGAAUCCUCCAGAGGAAAGUCUCCGACAACUCCUACAGGGAUUGUUCGCCGUCCGCAAACUCCUCUCAGGGUGGACAAAGAAAAAUCACCAGAAAAGAAAACGACGUCAGCUCGAGCAAAGAAACCAGAACCCGAGCACCACAGCAGGGCGGAGGAAAACACAGCGAGAACCAACGGAACAAGCACAAAUGGCAUAGCAGGAUCCCCCACGAAGAAAUCGCCCUCAAAAUCUAAGGAUACCGGAAAGAGAUCAACAGCAGCAUCCCCGACCAAGUCACCGAGUAAGUCAGCAAAGUCAUUGCCUAAAACGCCAGACACUGCGGCAUCAGCUGUGCCUACAGAGAAGAAGAAAGUUCCCAUGAACAAAGUUCAGGUUGGCGCCGCACCCUCGCCCAACCUGAAGACAGUGCGAUCGAAGAUCGGAUCCUUGGAGAAUGCCAGCUACAAACCUGGUGGCGGAAAAGUAAAGAUCGAGAAUCGAAAAUUGGAUUUCAGUAAGGCGCAACCAAAGAUCGCAGCGAAAAAUGAGAAAUAUACUCCCAGCGGUGGUGAUAAGAAGAUAACGCAAGUGAAGCUUCAGUGGAACGCAAAGCCUAAGGUGGGUUCACUGGACAACGCGACGUACAAACCAGGCGGUGGCGACAAGAAGAUAGAAACGGUGAAGUUGGAUUUCAAGGACAAAGCAAAACCAAAAGUUGGUUCAAAGGAUAACGCCAAGCACGUACCAGGAGGUGGAAGCGUGAAGUCAACGACGACGCCGCCAAAGACGCCGCAGGAUAUCAACGAGGACAUCGAGACGCAGAAGAUCGACAUCAAGGCGGAGAGCAAGGUGGGAUCCUUGGACAAUGUGAAACACAAGCCUGGCGGUGGCGACAAGAAGAUCUUCAACGACAAAGACUACUUGCGACAGACUGGAUCUAACGUCGAUAGUCUGAGCAGUAGCGGUUCUCAGAGCCCCGUGCCACCAGGUGCGAUCCAGGAAGCCAAGAACGGCCUGCCUACUUCGGACGAGAACCUCAACCAGGAAUGCUAAGUCGCCAUCUUAGCCCCUGCUUGCGUUUAUAUUCAUGUUCACGUUUCCCACAAAGGUAGCUCCGUCGAUAUUUCCCUUCGGAGGAUCUUAACGUCGCAACGUAGAUUCCGUCACUCCGCCAACGUCCUCGAGGACGUAUACUUUCUGCAAGAAAAGUUCACAUCUGUAUUUUGAGGUUAAACAUGAGGAUCUACCUUCGUGGUAGUAAAAUCUGUCAAAUGGUAUACGCUUACUGGUAAAUUCACAAGUUGCUCCUCGAGGAUCUUCGCGGAUUGGCGAAUCACGAUCCUUGACGUUGGUGCGAUGUGGGGCUUUAAUAAUACGAGUGUGAAAAUAUAAUCAGUCUGACGAACCGGGGAUUCAUCCAGAUCGGUCGUCGGUUGACUAGAAGAUCUAUACACGUGCACCAGCAGCAGAGCAGAGCAAAACCAGGACCUAAGAGCGAGAUUGAUCUACGGACCAGGGAUCUCGCGUUUUUAAAGUUCACGGAAUUAACUCGCAGCAUACUCACCAAGCCGCUUGUAAACGCUAGAGAGAGAGAGAGAGAGAGAGAGAGAGAGAGAGAGAGAGAGAGAGAGAGAGAGAAAAGAGAGAAUGCAUUGAGAUUAGAGAUCAGUCGAUGAUGCGUAGCAUUAAAAAAUGACCGUGAGAGUUUUUGAACGAGAUCAAAGACGAAAGUAUGAGUACGAUAAGAAAAACUCACGUUAAUAUAUAUAAUAUAGAUAGCGCCACGCGGUCCAUCGACUGGGAGACAUAAAAAAUUGACAUUAUGUUCCUCGCGCGUUUCCCUUUAUCGUUUAUUAUGCCAUCCAAAAAGUCCAAGUCGGAUGGACCAUGGUUCACAUCUCAAAUUGGGACUAGCACUUCCUGUCUAACGGAAAAGACCAGAAGGACAAACGGUUCACUUGAGAGAACGGUGUACUCGAAAGAAAUAAAAAAAAACAUGUACGCCCCUGGUGAUAGCUAGUUGAGACGCGUAGCUGGUAGGGUUUAGCGGUAGCGUGCUUAUGUCACUUUUCCGUCACAUACGUUUUGCGAAUCACCUAGUCGUCCUUUCCUUUUUUAAUUAAUUGUACAAUACGGGAAAGAGAUCAGACUUUCGAUCAAUCGACAGCGAACACGAGAUCGGAGAUUGAGAUUGAGAAAUGCGAAAGAAGAAGCAUCGCAGUCGCGCUGAUUUUUUAUAAUAAAGUCAACUCGUGCCCGGAGGACAACCUAUUGGCGAUAAUGGCGAAAUCGAUAAUGCAUUUAUCGGUAAUGCCAAUCCAACUGCGAUCACCCUGACCUUAUCUUUAAGGAUCUUUAACCGUAGGGCCGCCGCCACGUUUACACGUAACCCAAGAGACGGAUAGACAGAGGGAUAAAGUAAUGAGAAUUUUUAAGCAUGUAUGUAAAUAGGUUAGGUGGAACGAGGAGGUCACGUUACGGAAUGUAUCUACUGUAUUACGUAAUGUAGAAAAAUUCGACACGUGAUAUUCGUAUUUUCACAGAUACGUCAUUUUGGUAUCUUUACGUAAUACGGAGGCAAGACGUGGAUUUAGACAGUUAAUAUAUUGGAGAUAUUUGAAGAAAAGCGAGGGUCGGGUCGAAGAAGGUAAUUUCGAAUUGGGGGAGAGUGAUGAGGAUGAAUUAUCGUUGGAAAGUACACUCGUGCAAUCACGUCACAAAAUGUCUUACCUACGUCACUUGUUAGAGACUUUUUCCGCCAUUAUAAUUCGCUAGGAAUAAUAACGCUGUAUUCGCUUCUACGUUGAUUAUGUAUUCCGUUCGAACGAUUAUGCGAUAUUAAAGGUGAAAACACUAAUUAAUACCGAUUCGUAUAAUUGUCUCAAGUUACCACUUGGUGCGAAUGCUAUUUGUUUGUUGUCGACCAUUCAAUAUAUAUCUUAGGAUUUAUUAGAUAUACUAAUUACAAUAAUACUUUUGUUUUUCAAUAUAA